GCAUGCAGCAGCAGCAGCAAGCAUCAUCCUCUUGUCAUCCUCGCACAGAGAGAGAGCGAGCGAGAGAGGGGAAGAGCCCUUACCAUACAAUAGCAGGCGGCAGGCUGCUUAGGCGUAGCGCUUUGCAUAGCUAGCGAGCUGCCCUUGUGCUCUGUUGUGAUGGUCUCGACGUACACCGGCUGAUGUAGAUAUUGUAUAUCGUGCCGUCUGUAUAUUAUGUAUAGUGUUGCAUAGUGGUGGUGUGUGGGUAGGUUAAGUGGGUAGGUAGGUGUGUGCAUUGGCUCUUAUGUAGCUGUCAGCAGGAGCCAGACUUGGGAUCGUUGGCUCCAGUGCAACCUCUUUAAACCAUCAAGUGUCUUCGCUUUAUACUGGGAUUUGUUAUUGUUAAUUUAUAUUGAGCUCAGGACUAGAAUUUUUCUUUUUAAAAGAAGAUUUAAAAUCAAUAGUUAUUGUAUUGGGAAUUAUGAGUAAAAUUAUUAUUGCGUUGGAUUUUAAUGCUGAAUAAUUAUGUAUUUAUUUAUUUAAUGUUUAAAUAUCUUAUUUACAAUUGUUCAAUUGCGAUAUACAAACUGUUGUCGUUUUUUUUUUUAAAGUAACAUUGUUAUGGUAUUGUGUAUCUAAUUAUGUUAAAAUGCUAUUUUUUUACAUUGCUGUAGUGUACGUAUCUUUAAAAGUAUACAAUUAAAUUAAACAUUCCUUUUUUUCCUAUUAAACUAUUAUAUAACAAAGCCCUUCGUUGUACCUAUCGUACAAUAAUUAGUUUUUAUUUUAAAAAGCUAACCCACUAUUUUCAAUACCUAAUUCGGGUUAUUUAACUAAAAUACAUAUUGUAUAAUUCUCAAAAUAAUCAUAAAUACACGUACAGCGACUGAAAAUAUUUUCUCAGUUAUCAAUGUAAUUAUUAUUAAUAAUAUAACACUGAUUGUAAUCAAAUUUCAAAUACCGUAUCACCCUAAAAGUACAACACCACUUGCUUAUCCCGAGCAUAGCCUAAUGUUUGAGCCAUUGGUGCAGGGUAAGUCUAGAUCAUAUGCCAGUCUCAUAGGACCCCGUACGCUCUGUACCCAGUAAAUAGGACCAACAAUGAGACCCAAAGCUGUUUACGCUUGACGUUCACCUGCCCCCCCCCCUCCCUCCCAACUCAACAACCCCCUUCCCCAUUUACCGCGAAUAAGAGCCAUUAAUAUAUUUAACGGCUUGAACGGAGAAGACUACAUCUUCCCUGCAUUGAAGCCGGAUAUGUAUGUGCAUGGAUUCGAGGACUCAGAGGCCGUGAGUGGUGGUUCAGCAGAUUCUUACAAUAGCCGGCCAUCCGAUUCCGACAACUCCCUGGAAGAGGAGCGAGAACACCUGAAACGCGAGGCCGAGAAGCAGGCGCUAGCCCAGCUCGAGAAGGCCAAGACGAAACCCGUGGCGUUUGCGGUCCGCACCAACGUUAGCUACAAUGGCUUCAGCGACGAGGACGCCCCUGUGCACGGAACGGCGAUUUCCUUCGACGGAAAGGACUUCCUCCACAUCAAGGAGAAGUACAACAACGACUGGUGGAUCGGGCGGCUGGUGAAGGAGGGCUGCGAGAUCGGCUUCAUCCCGAGCCCCGUGAAGCUGGAGCUCAUCCGCCAGCAGUUGGAGCAGCGCGCUCGCCAGGGUCGCUUCCACGCAGGGAGACCUGGAGGUAAUUCUCCAUCGAGUCGGGGCGACUUGAUGUCAGCAAAACAGAAACAAAAAUCGCUCGAGAAUGUGCCUCCGUACGACGUGGUGCCAUCCAUGAGGCCCGUGGUAUUGGUGGGGCCCUCUCUUAAAGGUUACGAGGUAACGGACAUGAUGCAGAAAGCACUAUUUGACUUUUUAAAGCACAGGUUCGAGGGGAGGAUUUCCAUCACGCGGGUGACGGCCGAUAUCUCCCUCGCCAAGCGCUCUGUCCUCAACAACCCCAGCAAGCGGGCCAUCAUCGAACGCUCCAACACGCGCUCCAGCAUUGAUGUGCUAGCGGAGGUGCAGAGUGAGAUCGAGCGAAUCUUCGAGCUGGCGCGGACGCUGCAGCUCGUGGUCCUGGACGCCGACACCAUCAACCACCCAACACAACUCGCUAAGACCUCACUCGCUCCCAUCAUUGUCUACGUCAAGGUCGCCUCUCCCAAGGUUCUACAGCGGCUGAUCAAGUCUCGCGGGAAGUCUCAGAGCAAACACCUGAAUGUGCAGAUGGUGGCUUCUGAUAAACUCACUCAGUGUCCUCAGGACCUGUUCGACGUGAUCUUGGACGAGAACCAGCUGGAGGACGCGUGCGAGCACCUCUCCGAGUACCUGGAGGCGUACUGGCGCGCCACGCAUCCACCCAGCGCCAACCCGCCCAACCCGCUACUGGAGAGGACCAUCGGCAACACGGCGCCCGUCUCCAGCGUGCAGAGCGGUGGGGUCGUUGCCUCCCACCUUGUGCACGGUGAGGAGCUCACGGACAUCUCUACUCCCGAGCGGACUUCGGCCGAACCCAGCGAGACUGACCCCCGACGACCCUACAGCAACCACCACCACCAGCAUCACCACCAGCACCAACAGCACCACCACCUACAGAACCACCAGCAGCAGCAGCAGCAACAGCAGCGCGUGCACUCCCCGACCACUCCGUCCUCCUCGUCGUCCCGCCAACACCUCGCGUGCCAGUGGAUGGAUGGAAACGGCGGCGGCGGCGGCAGGGACGGGGGUAACGGGAUGGGGCCCAGGGUCGGAGGCGACCGGGGCACAAUGGGAGGUGGCAACAACGGCCGCAUGGGCAGCCUCGCCCGGCAAGACACGUUCGACUCGGAGACGCAGGACAGCCGAGACUCGGCCUACACGGAGGAGCAAGGUGAAGAGGACUUUCUGGAGGGGCAGCCGCAGUCCCACCACCAUCAGCACCAUCAACAGCAGCAGCAGCAGCAUCACCACCAACAGCAGCAGUAUCAGCAGCAGAGGUCCCGUCACAGGAGCCGCGAGCGCGAGUACGCAGACGAGGAGUCGACGCCGCCACCGAUGACUUCGAACGACGUGCGGCAGCAAACCUCGUCGUCAUCGCGGGGAUCCUGGGAGAGGAACCGGGGUCGCGAGCGGUCGAGGGAGGUCGAUCGCAACGAGCGAAAUCGGCAGCAGCAGCAGCAGCAACAACAGCAACAGCAGCAGCAGCAGCGACACAGGUCACGUGAUCGCUCUCACGAUCGCUACUACGAGCCCGACGGUGACAGUGGUGGUGGCGGCGGAGGUGGCGGAAGUGGUGCUGGUGGCGGCGGAGGCGGAGGUAGCGGUGGUGGUGCAAGCAGUGCCGAGCUGAUGAUUGUCAAGAAUUCCAGUGAUGCGUGGGCACAGGAUAUGUACGUGCGGCCAUGAGGUGUUGGCCCAUGGUCGCCGAGAAAUGUUGAGCGUGCGUGCGUGUGUACGUGAGUGUACUACUUGUUGGGCUUAGUGAUGAGAAGUGUGAACAUUUGUGAGUGCUUGUAAAGGAUAAUAUUUAUUUAGUGGUGUAAUAUGUUAUACUUUAAUGGAUUAUUAAUAUAAUCAGAGUAUUUUAUUCCUUUUUUUUUACAAUUUCCUCCAAUGAUUACAUGUUUAUUUCACGAUGAUUACAAUUCACGUUUAUUGUGUUCAUUUCUAUUUAUUACUGUUAUCGUCCAUUUCUACAUGGCCAUUGUUUUUUUUUAUGUUACUAUUUUAUGUUGUAAGUAAAAUUAUACUACUCUAUCGUUGUUAUUACCGUUGUUAUUAUUAACGUUUAAGACAUUUCAAAUAACGGUGACGUGACAGUUGGCGAUUAUUUGAAAAAAAUAAAAAUGAGAUUAAAAAAAAUACAAAAUACGAAACUAAAAAGAAACCAAUGACGAGCAACAAGUCUGUGCCGAGACUUCGGGCCUCAUUCCUGUGGCUGCAGAAAGAAAUUUCUGCCAAUAUUUGGUGGAAAAUUGACCAAAUCCCAAACAACUAAUUUUGUUGCCAAUUUUUGGCCGUUCUUUGCCAAUAACAGAAUUCAGGUCACUCGGUCUCUUUCACUUGCAUGUUCACCGAGCCACGAUCCUGUGCUCCCUGGAUUUCCCACAAUCCCCCACACGCCCGCUUAACUCACGUAAAGUUCCUUGGCUGUCUUGUGUUUGUUUACGUUUAUAUGGAUGUAAACAACAAUACUCUCUCUCUCUCUCAUGAUGUAUAAAACCACGUGAAAACAUUCCUUCCUUCAUGAAUGUUUUAUUAAUUUAUCUAUUUAUAUAGAUAUUUUAAUUGUGUGUUUUGUUUUGACUCAGCAGUUUCAUUGUGCAUUCAUGUUAAUUUCAUUUUCCAUUAUUUUGUUCCAUAAGAUCGUUCUCUCAUUUAAGAUGCCUCGAACAUUUUAACUGGGCUAAUUUUUUUUCCGAUGAGCCGUCGUUUGAGAUGGGAAUGCAUUCUUUCUGUUUGACUGCCUUCAACGCUUCAAUAUUUCUGCUCCCAUCCACAUGCAAGUUUAGCUUUUUACCCCUAGGUGUAACGCUUCUCACAUACAUUCUGCAGUCUCUACGCUCGAGCGAUUAUUAGGUGGAGUUAUUGAUGUACCUUAUGCCUCCCAUAUAGAAUCGCUGAAUGUUUUUUGCUGAAUGCAUACUGCCAGUAGAAUUCUGCGGAAGCCCACUGAUGCGUUAAGAUCCGUUGAACACGAGGCGUGAUACUCGCAGCUUUUGUUUCAUAAAUGGGGGGGGUGGGUAAGGGUUAACGUGUCAUCGUCAAUUAAUGCCACUUCGCAAAAGGCAGUGCCACAAGCCAUUGCGUCAUUUUGAGUUUAGCAAGGAACAAUUAGGUGGUUAGCAUUUCAGUUGUGGCCUCUCACCGGGUUAAGACACGUCAGAGCAGCAUCGACUGCCAAUGCCCAUGGAUCAGUGCUCAUCUCCAUCCGCAGGCCGAGAGCCAGUGGUGGAAAUUUCGCUUUGCUAUGGCGGUCUUACAGUCAGCAGUCAUUGUAGGACGGCACUUUUACCUUUUUAUGGCGCUGUCUCCCUAUGACGACUGCAGUUGACUUCAUACAACGUAUCUGUUGUUUUAUUAAUCGACCCCGGAUGGCUGUGUGAGCAGUGCCAACCCUCAUCCAGGAUUUUUGAAUAUUUGGACUCGCAACCUUUGUGAUUACGAGUGAAGUGUCCUGCCAACAGUAGUUUACUAAUUUUUAUACUGUAUUCGUCUGUACAUUGUGUUUUUUUUUUCAGGUUAUCUUUUGCCAGUAACGAUGUCUGCUUGGCCUGGUGAUAUCUUUUAUAAGUGUCGGCUUUGUGAGCCAGUGUCACGGAGCCAUAUUUUGUAAAACUACACAAUGAUUAAAUAUUUCCCCGUUUAUAGGAUUUUAUGGAGGUCACGAUAGUGUACUGGUCGCUCAUUGUGCAACAAUCCUAGCGACCUGGGUUUAAUUCCACACCAUGAUGACAAGACUUAUUUAAAGCUUUUCUGGCCCACUGCUAGGUAUACUCAGCCUCGAAUGAAUGUCUAGUACAUUAGUGUGCUCAACAAAAAUACUGGCCGGUGGGACAUCGCGUUGGCCACGCCCCCCACCGCCUUGUGUGCUAUGCCAACCUUAAUAGGUGCUCGCUAACAGCACUUGCCCCUGUGAUCUGUAAGGCUAAAUAGAGGACCUUGGUCUUUUGUUGCGUAUAGCGGGUGAGGGAGCCAAGUAUGGAUUGAUCAUUUACUUAGCUCCAAGCAAGAUGACUCAUCAUCCAUUACAGUACCAAGCAAAUGGUGCCAAAGUCAAUUGCUGCUCUUGAGGCUUCCGCAGAUUUCUAAAUGGGUACGGCUUGCUUUGUUUUUACCCUGUUCCGUUUUACUUGGGCAGUCUAUACCCAGUACUUGAAUGUCACCUUUGUCUUUGGAUGUUAUCUCAGUGCAAAACUAGCCUUACUGUAUUUGUUAUAAGAUUGCUAGAUAACAAAUAAAUAAAACAAAUAAAAAAACAAACAAAAACACACACGAAAAUCCCACGUAAAAAAAACUUUUUAUAUUGAAAAUGGUGAUGCUGUAAAAUUAUACAGAGUGUAAAUAUACAAAAAAAGGGUUGUGCUCUUUGUAAAAGUGGUAAGUAUGGUGUAAUUUAUUUAAAAUGGUCAAUGCUGAUGUUUUUUCGGGGGUGGGAAUUUUUAUUUAUUUAUGCAUGUGACAAAAAAAUCUGAGAGAUUUUUGUUUUCUCUUGUGUUUGUUUACCUGAAGUAAUAGAAUUUGUGUAUGCCAGUGACAUGAUUUUCAUUUAACUAUCUGAUGUAGUAGGACAAAAAGUGGCAUUGUGUUAAUCCAUAUUUAAUGGUUUAACACCAUCAAGUUUACAUCUUGCUCUAUUACCAGUUAUUAUGGAUAUUUUUUCUUCUUGAUACACUAAAAUGCAUAGUCUUGCACUUUCUUCAAAUUGAUGGAAAUAUAAAUAUAUAUAAAAUUGUCAAAAACAGCAGCAGCAGCAGCAGCAACAAUAUAAGAAUAUGGUUUAAACGAAGCAGAUUUUUUUUUCCCCAUCAUAUUUUGGUAAAUUUCACUACGGUGUGAAUGAAUUCCACAAUCCUCCACCUUAGCCUGGAAAUGUUAAGCAAAACUUGUUUUAAAAGGGACUAAAAGGAAAGCAUACAUUUAGCUUUAUUUCAUCGCGUAUCAUAUGACUGGCUGUUUCGGUGAAACAGGACAACUUCGCUUAGAUCAAAUGGCAUUUUUCGCAACAGCACUCGCAUGCAGAAAAAAAACCCCGUCAGAUUUACUUUCACCCCACCGAGGAGGAGAUCUUCACAAUGGCUUUAUGUGUUUAACUGUCUUUGCUAAGGUUAGCCCUGCGGCUGUCAAAGUGAACCAUGCUAGGGCCGACCCACACUUUUGCCAUGGCAACUCGUUUUAAAAAGAAAAUCAACUGUCAAUAUGGCUUUAAACUCAUCGCCUAGCCGCACAUUAAAUGACAACGGUUCGCAGUUAAAAUGUCUUGCGGUUUUGCGUUGGGGCACAAGUUGGUGUUGUUAUGCGGGAUGUUGGGAUUUAUUUAUUUUUACGCUAGAUUGUAUCAUUACUGGGAGUCGGGGCAAAAGGGAAGAGAGGAGGAGAGAGUGAGCAGGGUUUAAGGACACACGCCACUUUGAUCGGUACAUUUGCCACACAAUUGAUAAAUCAUGGGUUCAGAUCAACGAGGCACGUCAGCUGCCAAUUUGUUAAUUUUGAUCUGACGCAUCGAAAAUAAUGGGAUUCAUUGAGUGGAAAGAUGCCUCAUCAUGCACAUUGUACUUGAUAAACCAUAGCACCACGAUAUAGAAACUUGUGUUUGGUAUUUGUUUUUAAAAUCUGAUUAUUUAGUUCUGUGGUAGAAAUGUUGGACUGUCCGUAAGGUUGAGAGUUCAAAUAUGAGUGAGGGGUUGGUAAAACUCAGCCCCUUCAUUCCUUUUUGGAGUUCAUUAAGUGAGUACCACCUCUUGGGAAUUCAGCAGUGGUUGUCCUGCGGAGAAACUGACUCCUGCCAUGGGAACGAUGAAUUUCCACCGACUGGCUCAGGGCCACCAUUGGAGACACCUCAUUGCUGAUAUCAGCAUUCCGACCGUCGUGACCUUUCUACUGUACGUAUUAUAACGCUAGAUUUAUUACUGAACAGUAUCCAGAUCAUUUUUUUGUCGAAGACAUGCUUCCUAACAAACCCCAUCAAAUAAUAUAAAAUGUGAGUGUUCAUCUAGGGACAGCCAAAAUAGCGUUUUACAAUUUUGCCUAAAUGCAGGGUUUGCAUAGAAGACAAAAUUUACAAAAAAUUUAAGAAAAUGUUUACAGUAGAAACAUUAGAUUUGCUGGGUUUUCUAUUUCUAAGUGAGACGUUGGCUUGUUGAAUGCACACACACAAAACACUCCCAUAGGUUUUUUUUUUGCAAAAAAAAUGUGGUCUUGCAUCGAAGUAACUAUUUAUGUUAUAAAAAAACUUCCGAUGUUUUAAAAAAGAGAGAAAUGUAACUUAAAGCAUGAUUGCUGCAUGUCACAAUGGUGCAAAGUGAUUUAUGAAAGCAUUUAUAUCCUUUUGUAUUCACUAAAAGUUCCUUCCACAUUGCUUAGAUGUUACUUUGUAAAUGCCUGCCGUUGCUACUGUAUGUAAAGCAAUCCAAUUUCAUUUGCAGCCAC